AUGAAAAAAAGUGAUCGCUUGAGUUUCAUCGAUUACGAGUAUGCGGAUUUCAAUUACACCGGAUUCGACACGGGCAAUCACUUUUGUGAAUGGGGAGGCGUUGAUGAUGUGGAUUUUUCCCGUUGUCCAUCAAUUGACGAAAGAAGAGAAUGGUUGAGAGAGUAUUUGAAAGAAAAGAAAGGAAAUCAACCAACAAAUGAGGAAUUGGAGGCAAAUGUUAGACAAAGUGAUUUAUUCAUGGCGUUAUCCCACCAAUUCUGGGCUGUUUGGGCCCUCGUUCAAGCACAAAACUCGACAAUCGACUUUGACUAUUUAGGAUAUGCAAUUCUUCGCCACAAAACCUACAAAGAAUAUUUGCUGAGAUUCUUGGCGAAU